AUGCCAGAUCUAUCGCAAAACAUCUCGGUGCGCAUCCUCAAGGCCGCAGAAGCAGGAGGCUACGGACUGCCAGGCGUGGUAUGUUACAAUCUUGAAGCGAUCAUUGCGUGCCGCAAGGCGGCCGAGGCCAAGAACUCGCCGUGCCAGAUCCUGUUGUUCCCUUGGGCCCAAGACUACGGGUAUGACAACCUGGUCAACCUGGCCGCGGACGUCUGCCGCAGCGCCAAGGUGCCGAUGAGUCUGCACCUGGACCACGCGCAGAGCGAGGAGGCGAUCAAACGAGCCGCGCAGACGGGCAAAUUCGACAGCAUCAUGGUCGACAUGUCGCACUACGAGAAGGCCGAGAACCUGUCGCGGACGACGGAGCUCGUGCGGUACUGUCACGAUCUGGGCAUCGCCACGGAAGCGGAGCCCGGUAGGAUCAAUGGCGGCGAGGCCGGCGUGCAGGACACGGGCGAUCUCGAGGGCAUUCUGACCACGCCCGAGGAGGCCUUGCAGUUCAUCGACACGGGCAUCGAUUUCCUCGCGCCGGCGAUAGGAAACGUGCACGGUCCCUACCACGGCGUGGAGAACAUCAAGCUGGACUUCGAACGGCUCAAGGGGAUAAGGGAGGCGGCUAAGGGCAAAGUCACGCUCGUGAUGCACGGGACCAACGAGUUCACCGCGGACAUUUUCCGCCAGUGCGUGCAGGCCGGCAUGACGAGGUUGAACGUCAAUCAGGUCGUGCUGUGGAAGUAUGAGCAGUACGCUGCGCAGAAGGCGGGGCGGACUCCCUUGACUGAAUACAUGGAGGAAGGGACAAGGCUGAUCCAGGAGAGGAUCGAGUGGAUGAUGGAUGCGGUCGGGAGUACGGGGAAGGCAGGCGAUGUGAAGCUGGAUAGGUAG